GAACAUCCGGGACACCGCCGCCGCCUCCCCCUCCCCUCCCCUCCCACAUCCGGGCCCUUCCCACUCCACUUCCGGCUUCCGGUCUGCGCCGGAUGACGUCGAAUUCCCGCGACGGAAGCUUUGGAGGAGUUGUUUGGUGGCCUCGGUCUCUCCGGCCAUGGGCUCCUCCAAGCGGCACCGAGGCGAGGCCUCCGAGGAACAGCCGCCGCCGUCCGCGCCGCCUCCUCCGCCGCCGCCUCCGGGGGCUGCCCUCCCUCCGGCCCAGGGCUCUUCUUCCUCCAGGCACCGGGAGCACAAGAAGCACAAGCACCGGGGCAGCGGAGGAGGAGGAGGAGGCGGAGGGGAGCGGAGGAGCAAGAGGAGCCGCAGCCGCGGAGAAAGGAGCAGCCGCAGGAGCGGAGCAGGAGCCGGAGCAGGAGAGGCCUCGGCCGCGGCUCCGGCCGCUCCUUCCUCCUCUUCUUCUUCCCGGCGCCUGAAGAGGGAGAAGCGCGAGGAAGGCUACGAACAGGGGCUCCCUCCGCCUCCUCAGGGAGCCUCCUCAGCGGCCAGCUCAAAGUCAGCCUCAGGAGACGCUUCGCUCAGCAUUGAAGAGACCAACAAGCUCCGAGCAAAACUUGGGCUGAAGCCCCUGGAAACACAUUCCAUCAAGAAAGAAACUGGCAGCAAGGAGGAUCCGGUGGCAGCCGAAGUCAUUAACCCCAUCGUCCUGAAGCAGCGAGAGGAGAUCAGGGAAAAGCUUGCAGCGGCCAAGGAGAAGCGCCUCCUCAACCAGAAAUUAGGGAAGAUCAAGUCCCUUGGUGAAGAUGACCCCUGGCUGGACGAUACGGCCGCCUGGAUCGAGAGGAGCAGGAAGCUCCAGAUGGAGAAGGAGAUGGCCGAGAAGAGGGCCAAGCUCUUGGAAGAGAUGGACCAGGAGUUCGGCGUCAGCAGCCUCGUGGAAGAGGAAUUCGGGCAGAACAAGAAGCAGGUGAACUACAGCUCUCGUGAUCUGAAGGGCUUGACAGUGGAGCACACCAUAGAUUCCUUCCAGGAAGGAGAGACGGUCAUUCUGACUCUCAAAGACAAAGGUGUUUUGGAGGAGGAGGGAGGCGACGUCUUGGUGAGCGUCAACAUGGUGGACAGAGAGAAGGCCAAGAAGAAUGUGGAGCUGCGUAAGAAGAAGGCGGAAUACAAGCCCUACGAGGAAGAGGAGACCGUGGACGACAUGGUGAUCUUCAAACGCAAAGGCGUCCUUUCCAAAUAUGAUGAAGAGAUCGAAGGGGAGAAGAAGAAAUCCUUCAAGCUGGACUCGGUGGGGAUGGCAGACGGGUCCUGGGAGCGAGAGCUGCAGCAGAUUCGGGACAGCCUGCACAACCGGGCCCAGACCCUGGACGUGCCCAGCCUCCGCCUGGCCUCAGAGUACUUCAGCCCGGAAGAGAUGAACGUCACUUUCAAGAAGGCCAAGCGGCGGGUGAAGAAGAUCCGCAAAAAGGAAAAGCCGGUGAAAGCUGAUGACUUGCUUCCCCUGAAUGAUGAGGGCAGCAGUGAGCGGGAUUUUGGCUCCAGGAUCCGUGGCCGAGGGAGAAGAAGAGUGGUUCCAGAGGAGGAGGAAGAGGAUGAAGAGGGAUACACAGAAUACAGCCGGAAUGGAGCAACAGAGGAGCUGCCCCCGUCAGAUGACGUCCGAGUGGAGAGAAUGGAGAUCAGCAGCGAUGAAGGUGAGGAUGGAGCCCAGGGCCCCGAUUCCCCAGCCGCCCUGGAGGAAGACGAAGCUGAGCAGGAGCUGCAGAAGCAGCUGGAGAAAGGGCGGAAGCUGAGGCAGAUCCAGCAGCUGAAGGACAGCGGGGAAAAGGUCAUAGAAAUAGUAAAGAAACUGGACACUGGCCGGAGCCAGGAGGAUGACGAUGAGCUGGAGAGGAAAGGGGCCAUCGUCUUCAAUGCCACCUCAGAGUUCUGCCGGACGCUGGGCGAGAUCCCUACCUAUGGGCUGGCCGGCAACCGCGAGGAUCAGGAAGAGCUCAUGGAUUUUGAGCGAGAUGAUGAGCGGUCAGCCAAUGGGGGCUCAGACUCGGAUGGCGAAGAGAACAUUGGCUGGAGCACGGUCAACCUGGAUGAAGAGAAACAGCAGCAGGAUUUCUCCGCUUCCUCUACCACCAUUUUGGAUGAAGAGCCCAUUGUCAACCGAGGUCUGGCUGCUGCCCUCAUGCUUUGCCAGAACAAAGGCUUGCUGGAGACCACGGUGCAGAAGGUGGCAAGGGUCAAGGCGCCCAACAAGUCACUCCCAUCGGCCGUCUACUGCAUUGAGGACAAGAUGGCCAUCGACGACAAGUACAGCCGGCGAGAAGAAUACCGGGGCUUCACCCAGGACUUCAAGGAGAAGGAUGGCUACAAGCCAGAUGUCAAAAUAGAAUAUGUGGACGAGACGGGGCGCAAACUGACACCUAAGGAGGCCUUCCGGCAGCUCUCCCACCGCUUCCAUGGCAAGGGCUCUGGCAAGAUGAAGACAGAAAGGCGCAUGAAGAAACUAGAUGAAGAGGCGCUCUUGAAGAAGAUGAGUUCCAGCGACACCCCUCUGGGCACAGUGGCUUUGCUGCAGGAGAAGCAGAAGGCCCAGAAGACUCCGUACAUCGUGCUCAGCGGCAGUGGCAAGAGCAUGAAUGCAAACACCAUCACCAAAUAGAUGGCUCACUUGGAGGGAAACACUUCAUUCUUCUGGGGAUUAUUUCAAGCCAUGGAGGAUUUGCAUCCUUGUGGGAAGAAGAGGAGAAGGGGCUCUUUCCACCUGCAAGUCUCCAUUCCUCCCCAAUUUCAAGGGUGGAGGGAGUAUCUGUGUAUAUAGUUCUGGAGCUGAGUUUUGAGCACCUUCCUUCCCCAGCCCCACCAACCCUCUUCUUUUGUAUCUAUAUGUGAUAUUGCUGAAUUAAAAAUUAGCUGCUCCCUG